AACUAUAUUUCUCAAUCUCUUUGUGAUCCCUUUCACCUUCUAACUCGAUCUCGGUCUUUCGUAUUCUCACAAACAUCCUUCUCAUAGCUCCCCUUAGUGGGAGUUGGAGCCAAGGGUGUUCGGAGAUACGAAAGGGAGAUCGGUCGUGAUACGUGAAGGGUACGGUGGAGUAACCAGAUAGUAUUGAUAUCAAUAUUUAUAUUUUUACGAUAAAUAUUGAUAUUGGUAUCGUAUAAUGGAAGCAAUGGUGCAAAGGGAAAAUGGUAUGAUGAUUAAAAACAAAUCGGCAUCACCCUCAUAUACGGAGUCGGAAGUUAUCAUGUCUAUGUAUUGUCAAGGAAUAUCAAGGGUCCUCUUAGAGUGGAAUGGCUUGCAAAUGGCCAUCCAAAAUCAAUGGGGUGGCUAUGAUUCUCACCAAAAGUCUCAACAACUUGUGUUUGAUAUCUUCUCUUGGUUUUGCAAAUCUAGAGGUUCAUUAUAUGUAGAAGAAUUGGAAAAUUUGCUGCAUGAAAGCAUGUUAUUUUCAUUCAACACAGAUAUUGAAGAUGGUAGCAUUGAAGAGGUUGCAGAGCAAUUGAUGAGCAUGCACGAAGGAUGUUUGCAAGGGUGUCAUGUAUAAUUAGUUACAACUUACAAGUCAUGCAUAAAUAACCAAUUGGGAGGCAUUCUCAUGGUCCUAAAUACCUCAAUUCGAGCAUCAGGACACAUUGAUAUCGAGGACCUAGUUAUUGGAACGGGUGAGAAACAACUAAAAAUUUUCAUUUUUAGGACUCAUAUAAUUACCUAGAGGGUCAUGAUCAGUGUCCAUUUACGGUAUAGUCCAGGCUACACAAUUAACCUGUUUAUAAAAUAGAAAUUAUUACCUUGUAUGAUGACAUGUUACUGGGAAAUUUAUCAGUAACAUGCUUGAUAGAUCUCAUUUUUAGCGACAUGUACGUCUUAAAUACUCAAAAUUUUGAUAAUGUAGCUUGAACUUUCAACUCCAUUAAAAAAAAAUCAAUGUCAAGUUGAUUUUUAAAUACUUUAUUGGAAUCACUUACGCCAUGUUCUCUU